AUGAGUCCAGGACCAUACGCAGGGGCGAUUCUUCGCUUCCAUAUUUCUUUCCCAGACACGUAUCCCGAUCGGCCUCCUCUCAUUAUCUUCUCGACCGAUGUCUUCCAUCCUCUGAUCGUGCCUUUGACCACAUACACCUUUAGUGCCACCAGUGUCGAUGCUUCAGGCGGUUUCGGCGCCUCAGAUGGGGAUCGACUCCCUCCUGGAGCGUUCAGUUUGCGCUAUGGAUUUCCUCACUGGUUCAUAGCACCCACUUCGCCGGACAACCCGGGAGACGAUGUUGGUACAAACAAGCAAGAAGAUGCAAGUGCCUCGAGUCGUCAACCCUCAGAAUUUGACACUAAAGAAGCAACCAAGACUCCUCUGCUUGCACCGGAAUCGAAAGAUCGUGGGAUUAUCAUUUUGAACUUAUUGCAACAUGUUCAAGACGCGUUUGAAGAUGAAGACUUGCUUGACAGACUCCCCCUUGAGACUGUUGGAGAUCCUAGUGCGUUGUACGCGUGGCGUGCACAUCGUGGACUCGUGAAGCGGCAGAUGGAGCCGCAAACUCUGGGAGCUGAAGGCAAAGAUGCGGCCUCUUCGUCUCCGAAAACACCCAGAGAGUGGAAAUGGGAUGGGGUCUGGGAGUCCCGCGUCAAGAACGGUAUUGAAGCCAGCAUCAGUGAAGCCACCCUGUUCGGUAGUACAGGCGGUGCUCGAGCCGGAUCUGUUGCGAUAGACACCACGAGCAUGGAUCCACACCAAAGAACUCUGGCUGCAGCCGAUCGACAAAUACGCUUCAUGAAAUUGAGCGAUGAGCACUUCGCCAAAAUCAAGGGCGAAAUAUCGGCCUCUGGCUCUGCCACGCCUACCUGA